AUGGAUCUAGCGGCGACGUACUCGCGCGAGAUUACUGGCAACCACUUUGGCAAUAAUACUACAAUCCAUCAGGGUGAUGUUCAUUACCACUCGUCCACUGAUAAGACUCGAGAAAACGAGGAUUUGAAAUGCCUCACGGACUUACGUACAACGGACCCCCGCGAUGAUAAAACUCGCAUUGAGGCCACAAAGGGCGGCCUAUUUAAAGAUUCGUACCGCUGGAUUCUCGACCAUAGCGAUUUCCAAAAAUGGCGCGACGAAGAACGCAGCCGUCUGCUCUGGAUCAAGGGCGAUCCCGGCAAAGGCAAGACGAUGUUGCUCUGCGGCAUUGUGAAUGAGUUAAGCCCCCAAACGAGACUACAGGGCCGGAAAGCCAACACGCUGCUAUCCUACUUCUUCUAUCAGGCCGCCGACGAGCGCAUUAACAGCGCUACAGCCGUGCUACGAGGCCUUAUCUACCUAAUUGUGAAGCAACAGCCGCUACUCGUCUCCCACAUACAAGAAAAAUAUAAGGAUGGGAGGGAGAUCUUCUCGAAUAUCUUGGAGGAUGCAAGCCUAGAGCGGACUUAUAUAAUCAUCGACGCACUUGACGAAUGCGUGACCGACCUACCAAAACUGCUCGACUUUAUUAGUACGAAGUCCGUCCUCUUUUCCCGCGUCAAGUGGAUAGUAUCCAGUCGCAACUGGCCAGAUAUUGAGGACGGUCUUGACUCUACUACUCAGCAAAUGAGGCUAUGUCUAGAGCUCAACGAAAAGUCUAUCUCAGCAGCCGUCGAUGCAUAUAUCAAGCAUCAAGUCGAAUGGCUAGCGCAGAAGAAGAAAUAUAAUGCUAUAACAAAAGAUGCUGUUCACCAUCACUUAUCUUCUAAUUCUAAUAAUACCUUCCUCUGGGUAGCCUUGAUCCUUGCGACGGUGUUACUUGUAUAUCGGCCUAUUACACUGGCUGAACUUAGCUCCCUUGUUGAGUCCCCGGAUGAUGAUCCCGCAGAUGCCGAGUUAAUCCAUAAAGCAAUAGGGUUUUGUGGUUCAUUUCUCACUGUGAAAGACAGCCGGGUUUAUGUUAUCCACCAGUCAGCUAAAGACUACUUAAGUAGCAAAGCAGUGCCUACUAUUUUCCCCUCUGGCUCAGCUAACGUCCAUGGUAUCAUCUUUUCGCAGUCAUUACAAGCUAUGUCUGCCACGUUACGACGGAAUAUCUACAAUUUAUACUCUCCUGGACUCCCAAUCAACGAUAUCAAGGCUCCAGAUCCAGAUCCGCUAACCGCUGUGCGCCAAUCUCAGGACCAGGUUGACCAUAAGUACCAGACAGUCUUCCUAUUCCUUCAAAAGUACUUCCUGUACUGGCUCGAGGCUUUAGGCCUUAUGGGGCAUAUAGAAGAUGGGGUUCUUUCAAUAACAAGGCUAGAAAAUCUAUUAAGGGUAUAUACAUCGGCGCUUAUAUUCAGCCCAUUGAAUAGCUUAAUACGAAAAAUAUUUGAAGAGGAAGAUCUUCAAUGGCUAAAGCUUAAGCCUACAGUGGAAUAUAAUUGGAGCCCUUAUUUACAAACGCUUGGGGGCCAUGAGGAUUCGGUCAACUCAGUGGCCUUCUCAGCGGAUGGCCGCUACCUCGCCUCAGGAUCGCGCGGUAUCAAGAUAUGGGAUGCGACGAUGGGCAAAGAGCGGCAAACACUUAAGGGCCCCUGGGUCAGGUCGGUGGCCUUCUCACCCAAUGGCCGCUACCUCGCCUCAGUAUCCGACGGUAUUACGAUCUGGGAUGUAACGACAGGCAAAGAGCAGCAAACACUUAAGGGCUCUACUACAGUUAAGUCGGUGGCCUUCUUAGCCGAUAGCCGCUACCUCGCCUUAGGGUUAUCGAACGGUGGUAUUACAAUCUGGGAUACGAUAACAGGUAAAGAGAGGCAAAUACUUAAGGGCUCUACUACGGUCGAGUUAAUGGCCUUCUCAUCCAAUGGCCGCUACCUCGCCUCAGUAUCCGACAGUAUUAUAAUCUGGGAUGUAACAAUAGGUAAAAAGCGGCAAACACUUAAAGGCUCUACUACAGUUAAGUCAGUAGCCUUCUCACCCGAUGGCUGCUACCUUGCCUUAGGAUUAUGGAAUGGUAGUACUAUAAUCUGGGAUGCGACGACAGGCAAAGAGCAGCAAAUACUUAAGAGUUCCGGUCCUGCUGGCCCGGUAGCCUUCUCAGCCGAUGGCCGCUACCUCGCCUCAGUGUCCGGCGGUAUGAAGAUGUUGGAUACGACCAUCAAGAUCUGGGAUGCAAUAACAGGCAAAGAGCGGCAAACACUCACGAUCCGGGAUGCGAUGACAGGCAAAGAGCAGCAAGCACUUGGGGGCUCUAACUGUUGGGUCAUGUCAGUGGCCUUCUCAGCGGGUGGCCGCUACCUCGCCUCAGGGUUAUCGAACGGUGGUAUUAAGAUCUGGGAUGCGACCAUUAAGAUCUCGGAUGCGAUAACAGGCAAAGAGCGGCAAACAUUUAAGGGUUCCAGUCCUGUCAGGUCAGUGGCCUUCUCACCCGAUGGCCGCUACCUUGCCUCAGCGUCCGACGAUAUUACGAUCUGGGAUGCGACGACAGGUAAAGAGCAGCAAACACUUAAGGGCUCUAGUUCUGUCGGGUCGGUGGCCUUCUCACCCGAUGGCCACCUCGCCUCAGGAUUAUGGAACGGUGGUAUUACGAUCUGGGAUGUGACGACAGGCAAAGAGCGGCAAACACUUAAGGGCUCUGGUACGGUUGAGUCAGUAGCCUUCUCACCCGAUGGCCGCUACCUUGCCUUACUGUUACCCGGGUCAACCGGCCCUAGUAUUACGAUCUGGGAUGCGACGACAGGCAAAGAGCGGCAAAGACUUAGGGAUUCCAGCCCUGUCAGCCCGGUGGCCUUCUCAGCGGAUGGCCGCUACCUUGCCUCAGGGUUAUGGAACGGUGGUAUUAUAAUCUGGGAUGCAACGACAGGCAAAGUGCUGCAAACACUUAAGGUUGGCACUACAAUACAUACUAUAUCUUUCGACGAUACGGCUUCAUACCUGCACACCGAAAUCGGCCCUAUAAAAUUAGGCAUAGAACAUCGAACUGAGGCCCAAGUUCUGUCUCCAGAUUCAAAUCCGGCUCAGGGUCAGGAUCAACGACGACUUAUUGCUAAUGAUGCUGAGAAGGCAAACCAUGUUAGCUACGGCCUAAGCGCCGACAAAUGUUGGAUCACCUGGAAUGGGCAUAAUCUACUGUGGCUUCCGCCCGAAUACCAGCCUUCCACGUCGGCUAUAUGGCCUUGUGCACCAUCUUCGUCGCCACAGGUGCCGUUAACGGACGUAGCUAUGGCUCUAGGUAGUGGUCUAGGGAGAGUGGUGUAUCUUGCCUGCGACACCCAUUUCAAAUUUCAGUCCCUCCUGUACUAG